CAAAAAUUUUGAUUUUUUCCUUUUUCUUUUUGUCCUCUUCUCUGUCUCUCUUUCAUUCUUCCCCCUGACUUCUUUUUCCUAUCCUUGGAGUUGCCACGACUGUUUUUCUUUAUUUCUUUCUUCUUCUUCUUCUUCUUCCCGUGCACUUUCUUUUCCCUCCUCCAAUUUCUUUCUUUUCCACUUUCUUUUCUUUCUUUCUUCCAUUCUUCCCGAAUCCCGAUUGUCUUUCUUUGAGUGGGCGGCAGGUGGCAGCGGAUGGAGAUGUUGUGGCCAACAGGAGGGGAUUGAGGAAGACAUGGGAGACGGGCGACGUACGGCGGUGGCUAGGUAAGCUUUGGUUGUGGACGAUGAGCGGCAGAUUGAAUAAAUCACGGGUGAAGAGCGACGUAUGACGGUGGUUGGAGAAAUUCAGAUCUACUGGCUAACUGGCGGUUAGAAAAGUUGGGUUUUUGUGGACGAAGGCUGACCACCAGUUGCGGAUGAGGAAGACUUGAGCGGCAGUGGUUGAUGUUCUUUUGUGGGAAUACAUAGAAUAAGAUAUAAACCAAGAAAUAAAGAAAGCAAAAUUCGCAAAAAUAUUUGCGGGUAAAGAACAGGGAAGAAGAAGCCUGGGGAAGAAGAAGCCUGGGGAAGAAGAAAGAAAGAGAGAGCAGAGGAAAAAAGAAAAGAAAAUCAAAAAAAGGAAGAAAAAAUCCAUGUGUACCGCCACGUGUACACGUUUAACCGUUAACCGGCUCCCAACUGGCUAAAUGGAAUAAUCGGGUGUUUUUUAAUACUUUGUGGACUUAAUUGACUCACCAAUAAGUACGAGGACCCAAUUGACUUUUUGGCAAUAGUACAGGGACCUAUUUGACAGUUUUCCCAAUUCUUUUUUAUGGUGAUUGGAUAUUCGAGCUCACACUUUUGUUUAAAUAACUUCUCAUUAUAAAA